GCCAAAGAAUCACACAUUCAUUUGCAUUCUCUCUUUUUCUAUAUUGUUUGCUUUCAUAUUUCUAAUUACCAAAACAUAUAUACAUUUUGUUAAAUGGCGAAAUCACCGGAAACAGAGCACCCUGUCAAGGCCUUUGGAUUGGCUGCCACUGACUCAUCUGGCCAUCUCUCCCCUUUCAAAUUUUCCAGAAGGGCUACUGGUGAUGAAGACGUGCAAUUCAAAGUGUUGUACUGUGGAAUCUGCCACUCCGAUCUUCAUCACAUCAAGAACGAAUGGGGAUUCUCUCAGUAUCCUCUUGUUCCAGGGCAUGAGAUGGUAGGAGUGGUAACAGAAGUAGGGAAGAAGGUCGAGAAGGUGAGAGUAGGAGACAGAGUUGGCGUGGGAUGCAUGGUGGGAUCAUGUGGAUCAUGUGAGAGCUGCAAAGAGGAUCUUGAGAAUUACUGCCCCAAGAUCAUCCCCACUUACAGUGCCAAUUACCGUGAUGGAAGCAUCACAUAUGGUGGUUACUCUGAUAUCAUGGUUGCCGAAGAGCAUUUUAUUGUGCGUAUCCCCGACAACAUCCCCUUGGAUGCUGCUGCUCCUCUUCUAUGUGCAGGGAUCACCACUUACAGCCCCAUGAGAUACUUUGGACUAGACAAACCCGGGAUGCACAUCGGAGUUGUGGGUUUGGGUGGACUAGGUCAUGUUGCCGUUAAAUUUGCCAAGGCUUUUGGUUCUAAGGUCACAGUCAUUAGCACCUCCCCUGACAAAAAGGAGGAAGCACUUUCUCAUUUGGGCGCGGAUUCUUUCUUGAUCAGUAAAGAUGCAGAUGAAAUGCAGGGUGGUGUGGGAACAAUGGAUGGCAUUAUUGAUACAGUAUCAGCAGCGCACCCUUUGAUGCCGCUUAUUGGGCUAUUGAAGGCUCACGGAAAGCUUAUCCUAGUUGGAGCACCAGCAAAGCCUCUGGAGCUACCAGUCUUUCCUCUACUUGCAGGGAGAAAGAUGAUAUGUGGAAGUGGGAAUGGAGGGAUGAAAGAAACGCAGGAAAUGAUUGAGUUUGCGGCGAAGCACAAUAUAAAGGCAGAUAUUGAAUUGAUUUCGACAGACUACAUUAGCACUGCGAUGGAGCGGCUUGCCAAAGCUGAUGUGAAGUAUCGGUUUGUGAUUGAUGUAGGCAACACCCUCAAACAAUAUUGAGCUACUCUUGGUUUUCCAUUGAAGAGAAUAUCCUAAUAUGUAUAGGUUUCAUAUUCGCUCCUUCCUUUAGAUUUUCUUUCAGAUUUUAUACAUGGCUACUCAUAUAUUUCAAUAAAGGGGUGAUACUCGGAAAUUUCAUUUGGUGCA